UGACCUGCAAAUUCCUUAAACCCCGCGGGGCGCUAUUGCUGCGUUAAACCGGGCGGGGCAAUUGGUUGGAAGGAAUGGAGAACCCUAAAGUGUUGAAGGAGUGGUUUCAUCGCGUAGAUUCCAACAAUAAUGGAAGCAUCAACGCUUCUCAGCUUAAGAAUGCUCUUGCCGUUGGGAACCUAGACUUCCCUCUAGCUGUGGUUCAGCAAAUGAUUAGGAUGUAUGAUUUUGAUAGAAAUGGGACUAUGGAUUUUGAAGAAUUUGUUGCUCUUAACAAGUUUCUACUAAAGGUUCAAAAUGCAUUCUCUCAGCUAGACAGGGGGAAUGGAUUUCUCACGCUAGAUGAUGUUUAUCAGGCUCUGGUGAAACUUGGUUUCUCCCUGGACUCUCCUGCCUUUUUCACUGUCUGUGAGAGCUUUGAUCAAAAUAAGAUGGGGAUGGUUCGUUUGGAUGCUUUCAUAUCUCUAUGUAUAUUUGUACAAUCAGCUCGAAAUCUUUUUAAUUCCUUCGAUACAACUAAACAGGGAAGAGUUACAUUGGACUUCAAUCAAUUCGUUUAUUGCACUGCGAAUUGUAGGAUGUAAAACUUCCGCUUCCCUAAGAUACCCAGCAAGUCUGAUUUUCUCAGGUCGGAAUUCUGCCAUUUUUUUCUGCAUAUGUAGAAUAUUGCUGGCUUUUUUAAGAAAAAAAUUUGUGAAUGUUAUUUGCUUAGGCCUCUGUAUAAAACCUUGUAACCUCUUGCACGUAGAACUGUUAUAGUGUUAGAGGCUGUGUCCAGAGUAUUUGUGAUCAACGCAUUUAUAUGAGGAAUUGUCCCAGUUGUAUUUAACUUGAUUUUACACUUUGAUAAUAUAUUCAUCACGAGUGAAAAUAAGAAAUAAAAUCAUGAAUUAUAUA